AUGCCUACAAUCAUGGCGAGCGACCGAGGCCAGCCUGUGCCCAAGGCCGGUGCCAGCCUUUCAGAGCGCAUUGCUGCUCUACAGAGAAAAACCUCGAACACAGCACGAUCCGCCAACCUCUCACCGCCAGGUACAGCAGGUUCGACUACUUCUGGCAGACUCAGCCCUGGCGAAAGCCCUUCGCGUUCUCCCUCUGGCGGUUCCGGCCCAAACGCGGUGCGCGAACGUAUCGCGAAGUUCCAGUCGAGCGACGAACGGCCCGUCAUGCCCAGAAGCUCAUUCGGCUCUCCUGCACCCAACCCCGAGAUUCGCAAUGCACGAACGCACUUCCCCGGCGCUAGCGCGGGCAAGGGCACGGGCGCAUGGGGAGAGGGUGUGUUGCGGCCACAAAUGACCGGUGGCGUCUGGCUUGGCGCAGGUGCCGGUGGUGGAUGGGGCGACCCUGGCUCUGCCCCUAUCCGACCUCAGAUGACGGGUGGUGCUUUCCUCGGCAAUGGUGCGCCGCGAACGUCGAGCUUCGGUGCUUCGCGGCUACAGCGAGGCGCCUCGGACAACAUGGUCCACGGCACAGGGCGGGACGCUUUUGCCGAUCUUGACGACGAUCUUGUUCUGACUGGGAGGAAUCGACCUGAACCACCAGCUCCCGCACAGGCCGACGAGGGCGACUCUUCCAGGGAGCAGCUCGCGAGCGGCUCUGCUUCUGCUGAUGGCGCCGACUCGCUGCCAAAGCUGCCGGAUACACCGACUGCGGAGAUCGAUCUUGCAAAGAUCCAUGCGAGCCCUGGCCUUCCCGAAGCGCCCGCUGUAGCUGCCAUCCCCGACUUCCCUCAAGCACCCUCUUCAGCACCAAAAGCCACCCCCAAAGUGAACAAUGCUUUUGAGGGUGCCGACGUAACUCCAGACACUUCCAUCGAGAUUGGCAUUCACGGACGAUCCGCUGACGAUGUCGAACGCAUCCGUCAACGGGCACACGACUUGCAGGUAUCAGAAGACUCGGACAAAGCUGCCGACAAUGAGCCUUGGUUAGCCUCUCCGCCGGCAGAUCUUGCUGGACAGGUGCCGAAACCGAUCGACACGAGCGAGAUUCUGGCUGCUCAGAGUCAAUCAUCCGAGGAUGACGGUCAGGAGCCUUGGGUUCAAGGCUACGGCAAGCCCGCCGCGGACCGCGACCUUGAGACUGUCGGUCUCGUCACUACCACCGAGAACGCUUUGCCACCUGCCGACUACUCGACUUCCGGGUCGUUGCCUGAGCGUGCUCAAGUCGAACGAACGGACUCGGGCCGCGUCGAUCCCUUGGAUCCAGCUGCGCAUCAGGUGCGUGGACCGGGCUUACUCGUCCCACGCGAUGAGGUGGCCGAAGCCCAGGACCUCGGUCCGAAUGCUGUCAAGGCUCCUCUGGCGCAGUCUCCGCCAACACCCCACUCUACUGUCACCGGGAUGCCAUCAUCCGACUCCAAUGGCCACUUGUCUCCUCAAAGCAAGAUGGCUCCAGCGACAGCAGCGGACAAGGCACGGCAGGCAGUGGCUGUGGGGCGCACAAAGAGCCAAUCGCAACGUUUGCGACGUCCACCGCCAGGCACAAUGCUCUCUGCCGCCGACCUGGAUGCCAGCGACGAUGAGUACGAGCCAGGCUGGGCGAGUGUCACCAGUGUCUUGUCUUCAUCGCGCUCAUAG